GGGAGUGUCAUGUUUCGUUGUGGUGGUAGUGGUGGUGUACUGGACAUGUUUAUCUGGAAGUGCAAUCUCAGCUCGUCGACUCAGCGAACAAAGUCUACUGGAGAAUCACAUGGUGUGGACAGACAAUAAGUGGGUGGAGUUAGGGAUCCGUAUUUGAAAAGUGUCACUCACAUCAGUGCAGCUUGCAGCAAGUUCGUAGUAGCAUCUUCCUAGUGACACACUCAUUCAUCAUGGAGUGGACCAAAUACCGAAUGUUUCUGGCCUUACUAUUGGUCGUUACAGGAUCAAUCAACACUUUGAGUACAAAAUGGGCUGAUUUUAUGGAAUCUGUUGGUCUUGAUGGACAGAAAAGACAUUUUGUACACCCUUUUCUUCAGGCUAGUACAAUGUUCCUCGGAGAAAUGGCUUGCCUUGCUACUUUUAAAAUUUUAUAUUGGUACUACUCUCGCCGUCAAGAUGGUUCUGAGAGUCAAGAAAAGACAACUGCCGGUAAUACAAAUUUUAAAGCACUUAUUUUACUUCCACCUGCCAUGUGCGAUAUGAUUGCUACAUCAACAAUGUACAUUGGACUCAAUUUGACUUAUGCAUCAUCAUUCCAAAUGCUCAGAGGAUCUGUUAUUGUGUUCGUGGCACUUCUGUCAAUGGCAUUUUUGGAUCGCAAAUUACGCUGUGUUGAAUGGUUUGGAAUAAUUUUUGUUUUAAGUGGAUUGUCAGUUGUGGGUAUGUCUGAUUUUGCAUCAGGGUCUUCCUCUGAACACAAGGACACCAACUCUAUCAUUACUGGAGAUCUUUUAAUUAUUGCCGCACAAAUCAUUACUGCAUUUCAAAUGGUGUAUGAGGAAAAGUUUGUUAAGGACAAAGAUAUUCCUGCGCUAAUGGUUGUGGGCUAUGAAGGCUUGUGGGGCUUUGUUGUAUUGGGGAGCCUGUUGGUUCCAUUUUAUUGGAUCCCAGCAUAUCCACCAUUCAGUGAAAAUCCUCGCAAUGUCCUCGAGGACACACCUGAUGGACUUGUUCAGUUAUUUAACAAUGGACUCCUCCUCUUGGCUAUGUUUGGAACAUUUGUCAGCAUUGCAUUCUUCAACUUUGCCGGUGUUAGUGUAACGAAAGAAAUGUCAGCAACAACCAGGAUGGUUUUGGAUAGUGUGAGAACUCUGGUCAUUUGGGUUAUUGGCCUUGCUUUAGAAUGGCAAACAUUUAAUUACUUGCAGGUUAUUGGAUUUGCUUUGCUGUUGGUUGGCAUGUGUCUCUACAACAAUGUACUUCUUGAACCAGCCUUCAAGAGGUUCAUGGGUUACAUGAACAGACGUGCUGCCUCCACAGGACGCUUUGCCAGAAUGGAAGAGGAAGAAGCUGGUGUUUUAGAUAGCCAACGAGCUGAUAGAGCUACAGCUAACUAAAAAAAAUUAUACUUUUCAGUCUAUUCCUAUUCAAUUUGGCAAUCAAAUAUUGCAAAGGCACCUAAACAGAAGACAAGUGUUUCAUUCACAACAUCAGUAUGAUUUAUAUUUCUGGCCAGCUAUCUAUGCUGUCCACAUAAUCUCAAACAAUGAGCAUUUUCUAUUUCAGGAUGAGAACUUCUUAAUACCAGUUAUAAUUUUUCUUUGUUUAAAUGAUUGCAACUUCAUGUUGAGGGCCUUGAAAGACUGAUGGUAAAACAGUGAUCUUUUCAUUUUUGGACUUUUCUUAUUUCUGAACCAUUUAGAUCUGAGUUCACUGUGGCAAUUAAUCAAUUCCGUGGAAAAAAUAUUUUUGCUUCAAUAUAAACUUACUUGUUGCCAUUUAAUUCAUUUUAUAAGUACUGUAGUAAAUAUUGUGAUAUUGGCUCCUAUGAAUUUUUGUUUGUAGGAGCAUAAAUUGAAUCCUACCCUUUCUUGUACUAUGUAUAUUUUACUGACAUUAUUACUAAGUAAAGAAAUUUUCUCAUACAA